AUGGAGCCUUGCUACGAGGAUGAGGACUUGCUACUCAUACCACUAUCCACCCCAGCUCCUGCUGCUCCUGCUGCUCCUGCUGCUGCUGCUGCUGCUGCCGCUGCCGGUGGUGCGCCCGUCUCCAGCUCUGGUGCGUCUGCAUCCGCCCUCGUCGCCGACCUGGUCACCGACGGAACUGCAGCCCCGGCUGCCAUGGACACGAGGCAUAUGGCUCGCUUUGAGUUUAGCGACGUCGGAACCAAGAUACUCAUGGUUGAGUGGUUACCUGAAAGUGCGGACCCGACUGCUACUACUACCACCGCCCAAGACGCCACCGCAACCACCACCACUGCCGUUCCCCCUUCUACCACUGCCACUUGUACUUCUGUCAGUGGUGGUGGUCAAGGAGACACUGCCGGCUCCGGCUCGUCGGCACCGGCACCGGCACCGGCAUCGGUUAACAGUGGUGCGUGGGAGGUAUCGUGGCCCGGUAAGUCCGUCACGCUCCCUGCCCGCGACACCACCGACGACGACGACAAGGCCCACACCACCAACCGUCGCCGCGUCUUCUUCCUCCUCCCGCAGGACGCUCCCGUCCCUGCCACCGUCAUCAUCACCCCGCCGAACGGGGACGGCCCGGCCAUCCGCGUGAAACCCCUGCCGGCCAUCUUCCCAGAGGGCUUCGGCGCCCGCGGCACCGCCAGGGGCUCGCGCGGCGUCCUGCACACCAUAUGGGCCAAGAAGCGGCUGCGCGAGCUCGAGAGGGAGAUCGACGCCGAGGUCCGCGCCAAUACCGAGAGUGUAGCCGUCGAGAUGGCCCUGGCCGAGAAGCAGUGGAUCGUCGACACCUUCCUCAGCCCCCCUACUCCUCCUGCCCCCGCACCGGGGCCUCUCAAGAUCAGUACCAACACUGCCGGUGCCGGUGUUGGUGCCGGCGGUGGCGGUGGUGACGCUCCUCCUACGCCUAGGUCUCCCGUGUCCAGUGGUCGUCUCGGCGAUAAGCUCAAGGGUCUGCGUCUGGCUACGUCUCCGGCCGAUCUGGCCUCCUCGCCAGCCAACACCUUCACCACUGCUGGCAGCCAGUCUGAUACCCUGUCCCCCAUGGGUGACGACAUUGCCAUGCCAUCCACACGCGCCGCCAUGGCACGACCAGUCGGAGCUCCCAUGUCCCUGGACGCCGCCCUCCAGGGAGGAGUCCCUGCUGCGGGGCCAACACCCGCCGACGACGAGGAGAGCGACCUGUUUGCCCUGCCGAUAAGUCCGCGCAGCCCAGACAUGAAGAAGAGCCCGUUCAGCAUCUUUUAA